GUCCCAAGGCUACAACGUCUAACUCAAUCUGUCGCUCUUGUUUUCUUCCUGCAGCUCCUCGAACGAAAAUAAACAUGUUUCUGCGGACUUCUGCGCCCUUCUCUAAGGCCAAUUUUACUUUUACAAAUAUAUCAUGAUUCAAGUGUGUCGCCAACUACGGACGGAGCUUUUUAGGCGCUUGCGACUAUAGACAUGACAUCAUCACAAUUGACCGAAGCGCAAACCGGUCUCGAAGCCACAAUCGAGGGACUUCAGAGCCGGCCAGAGUUGAACGGAGCACGAGGCAAAGUUUUAAAGUUCCUGCCCGAAAAAAAUCGCUUCCAAGUCCGUCUUGCGAGCGACGAGUCGUGCUUAAGUGUGAAGGCUACGAAUUUGCAGUUCGAAGGAGCAGACAGAGCCGACGCUGAGCUCCAGACUAGUCGGGUAACUAGUGACCGUGCAAAUGCUUUCAGGGUGAUGGAGGUAGAGGGACGCGGCAAGGGCGUUAUUGCGUUGGAAAUGCUGAAGAAGGGAGACGCACUGUGGGUCGAAACGCCUGUGCUUUCCCACUGCAGACCAGCGCAGUUUGCCAAUAGCCCAUCCUGGGAUCCAGAAGAAAUCGUCAGACUCUGGGACCAGUUCUCCGCUUUGGCCGAAAACGACAAGGGCCGACUAUGGUCGCUAGCAAGCAAGAACAAUCAGUUUCUGCCGCCACCACAAGAGCUCGUCCAAACCUUCGCUACUAACUCGUUUGGACCGGAGGAGAACACGCGGAUGGCGGACGUGGCUGACGCGAGCACGGGAAGUCUGGCCAGCGACAUGCUGUUUUUGCUGACCGCGCGGCUGAAUCAUUCCUGCCGCCCGAACUGUUCGCGACGUGUCACGGGUGGAAAAGUCACGGUCUUUGCUGCGAGAGACAUCGAGAAAGGCGAAGAGCUCACCUUUUCUUACAUCGGGUUCUGGCAUGACCACCGCUUCCGGCAACAGGUUUUGCAGGGUAAUUACGGUUUCGUCUGCAAAUGUCCGGUUUGUGGUCUACCACCGUCUGAGCUGGCAGAAAGUGACGCGAGGCGGAGGCGCUUCGACCGGCUAGAUGACGAGUUGCCAAAGUUGCGCAAAGCGAAGCUGUGGAAAAAGGUUUUGCAGACGUGUGCCGAGUUGUGGGCGAUCCGCAAAGAAGAAGGCGAUGAGACAUCAAUGUUUUUCGUCGAAGAGCAUGAAAGGCUCGCGAGGGAAAAGCUGGGGAAAAGCAAGAAGUAG